UGGAGGGAAGCUGAGUGGGCUGACUGGGCUGGUUAACUUACACCGCAGACCCCCAGAGCAGGACCUGGGCGAUAACGCGCGGUGAUCGUGGUCGUGGGGGUCGAGAAAGAGAUCCAGGUGGAAAGGAGUGGAACAUACAGAAUCGGGAUGCAGCAGGACGCGGGGUUUGGAGGGAACACGCGUGCCUCCUCACGAACCGCGCGCUGUAAUGGAGAUGGUGAUGCACCAAGAACAGAACAGCAGAUUCCUGCAGAGCCACACACGCUGCCCCACAGCCCCGCGACCCAGCGCCAGCCGUUGCAGGGAUAGACGCUGCCGCUUCUCGCUGUUAAAACCUCGCCAAGAAAAAAACGGAUUUCCAAACUGAUGUUUGAGCCAAACAACCGGAUAACAGACUACCUUGCUCCUCCAUUCAUACCCCCACCGCGUCUGCGGGAUGAGACGGGGAUUCGGGACGGACAGAGAGACCUGCUUUGAAAAGACUGCGUUUCACACCACAGGCUUCGCUCUGCUGGUGGUUUUGAGAAACAAAUAAGAAAAAAAGGAGAGGGAUAGAGGGAAAAUAAAAUAAAAGGGAAAGAUGUUUCUGCGAUGCUACCGGGCCAAAUUGUCGGCGUGGGCCGCUCUGUGCGUGCUGGUGCUUUGCUGGUUUUACGUUUUCCCCGUCUACAGACUGCCGAGCGAUAAAGAAAUAGUGGAGGAGGUGCUGAGGCAGGGGGAAGACUGGCAGAAGAACCAGACCGGCAUCGAUUUGUACAGGAAACUGCUGUCAGAAUGCUGCGAUCCGAAGCGGAUGUUUGCAGUGACCAAGGAGAACUCCCCUGUGGGCAAAGUCCUGUGGUACGAUGGCGAGUUUUACUACUCGCACACCGUCAACAACAACACGUACUCUCUCUUUGUACAGGAAAACCCUUUGCAGCUUCCCCUGAAGAAGUGUGCGGUGGUGGGCAAUGGCGGCAUUCUCAGGCACAGCAAGUGUGGCAGGGAUAUCGACCAGGCCGACUUUGUUAUGAGGUGUAACCUUCCACCGAUCUCAAAGGAAUAUGCGGAGGAUGUGGGCACAAAGACACAUCUGGUUACAGCCAACCCAAGCAUCAUAGAGAAAAGAUUUCAGAGCCUUCUGUGGUCAAGAAAAGAUUUUGUGGAUAGUAUGAAGGUCUAUGGCUCGAGCUACAUCUACAUGCCUGCGUUUUCCAUGAGGCCUGGCACAGACCCAUCACUGCGGGCAUAUUACACACUGGCAGAUUCCUCCUCCAACCUCACAAUGCUUUUUGCCAACCCUGAAUUCCUACGCACAGUGGGUAAAUUUUGGAAAUCCCACGGUGUGCACGCCAGGCGCCUAUCCACAGGGCUCUUCCUGGUGAGCUUAGCCCUAGGACUGUGUGAGGAAGUCACAACCUAUGGCUUCUGGCCGUUUUCCGUUGACCUGGAUCAGCGACCGGUCAGCCACCAUUACUACGACAACAUCCUGCCCUAUAAAUGGUUCCAUGCCAUGCCUGAGGAGUUUGUCCAGCUUUGGCAUCUGCAUAAAAGCGGCACUCUUCGUGUGAGGGUGGGACGUUGCGCCCCUCAGGAAGGAGGAAGUUAGAGCGCCUUGAAAAGUGAAGCGAUCGCACACAGCUCGAAUUUAUUGGUCAUGAAGAACCUUUAGUUUAUGAAAGUGCCGGAAGUUUACAUGAAUAAAUAAAUUUGUGCUCGUAUUCCUGCUGAAGAACCUUGGCACUCCAUCUGUCUCCCUACGCAUUCCUGCUGUAAACCCCCAAUCCCCACCCCCACCCUGGCCCAGCUGAUCCCUAAUUACUAUGAGAAUGUCCUCCACCCAUAUGAGCCACACUAGGGAAAAAGGAACACAGUGACACAUGCAGGCACGCACUCACACAGCGUAACAUAUUUACACAUUCCUGAAACUAGCCAUAUCUACCUGUGUUUCUGAAAUUGUGUGUGUGUGCAUGGUUGAGUGUCUGUAUGGAAAGCAUCAUCUGGGACUAAUACAUGUGAAAGUGUGGGAGUGGAUGGUUGGGGGAUGGAUUUUGUGCACUGACUGUGUGUAACUGACAGAAGGGGCAGCUGGAGCACAUUCCCCUCUGGGACUUUGUUAAUCAAGAAUAAAAGAAGUGGAGGGCGGAAGGGGGGACAAAAAAAAGACUGAAAGACUAGAGAUAAUGGUAGUUCCUAGUAACUUGAAUAGAAGCUAAAUUUAAUAGAGGAAGGGAAAAAAGUAAACUUUGAAGUUGAGUCAUUAAAAGCCGUCGGCCAAGAUUUUAAAUAGUCUAAAAAUUUUACGUUUGAACCUGGACCUCUCUUCCACUGAAGAUUACCAAAUUCAGUUUCCGAGGGUCCGAAGUCCAUCAUUAAAAUGUCUUAGCUUCACUUGCUGUCAUCUGCAUUUUAUCCUCGUCAAGCUACAUCUUUUAUUGUUGGAUUUAAAUGUAAAUUUCUUCUAAGGAUGUCAGCUUUAUCUAAUAACGAAAACUCAAUUGAGUGAUGAGGUGAAUAAGAUGACUCUUGAUACAUAUUCAUACUUCAGAGUACACUGGAUUAAAACAGGUGCUCUGCUGUUUAUGUCCCUGUUGCCAGGAUAGAUCAAGGUAUCAUUAGCUUGAUCAAGGAGGGCUUUUUUUUUCCACCACUCACAUACAUGUCUAACUCAGGGUGAACAUGCUCCGAGUUGACUGAACUAAGUGUUAUCAUCCUUUCUAGAGCCAAGAACUGAGUUUUCCAUCUUUUAUUUAAUCUGUUAGACUCAGAGUUUGAUGAAUCUGUCUUCUAGAACAGGACCAAGGGGAACAUGGGAAAAAACUAGAAGUCACACACACACAUACACACGAGGGGGGGUGAAGAAAGAAGAUUAAAAGUUGUGUUUAUAGAAAGAUUUUUCUCUGCUUUCCUUUAAACAAGCACUGGGGUGCCAAAUAGAGCUUUAGUUCAAAGUAAAAGCCAUUAGAAAUGUUGUCUUAAGUACGAUAUUCCCUAGAAUGUUUAGCCAAGAUGCAUUUUAACCUGGUGUUCAAAUGGUUUUCUUUGCCAAAUGGGAUUUUUCAGGACUAUGACAAUUAUUUUUUUUAAGGUUCAUUGUCAAGGGGAAAACAUCUAUAAGCAAAAAUGAACAUUUGCUAAGUAGACAAAAUGAACACACACACAUAAGUACCUCACCUUUUAUUUGACUCUAAUCAUCAAUGACUGAAUCUUUGGUACGUUUCAACUGCUAUCAGAACCUGUAGACCAAAAGAAGAAAAAGAAAAAUGCACAGACAGUGCAUUUCUUCAGAGGGGCUGCUGGAAAUCGUCUCUUGGUAACUGUACUAUACUUGUCAAGUGCCAACAGUGGUCUCUUUGAUACAUGAUGUUGAAUUGAGUGAGGGAGUGACAGAAAGAGACAGAGAAAUCCUGUCACUAAGUUACAUUUCAAUCAGUGUUGUUUUUUUGUUUUUUUUAUCAUUACCUGAACUUAUAAGGUAAGUUUUGUGAUUUAUUCAUGCCGUUAUUGUCAUUUUACAUUGUAGCACAGGAAUAACUGAGCCUGUUAGAACAGUUUUUUUUUCUUUUUGUUUGCACAAGGGAAAAGUAACCUGCUGACACACAAGCCAACACGGCAUAUGUUUGUGUGGACUUGCAGCCCUUGCGGAUUGAAAGUGGUGUACUUGUUUUGAAAGAGCUGUUUCUUAAAAAUGCUGUAAAUGCUAUUUGAGAGUGAUAAAUGUGAUCAUGACAUGCUGUUAUUUAGCAACAAAGGAUGACUAACUGGCAAGUGCAUGGAGUGUACCACAAUACUAUAUUCCUCUGAGUCAAAGUUGAACUAUGUUCAUAGGUUUGUGCUUUAUGUUCUUGUCCAUUCUGAUACACUGAACAAGGUCCAGUGCCUUUAUGCUCUACUAAGGCGAAAAUAAUAAUUUAAACAAGGGAUAUUUCUAAUGCUAAUCAUGUAUCUUGAUUUUCUUGGCUAAACUUGGAUCAGUUGGACGAUAUGUGAUAUGUAAUAAUGGCUGAUGAUAUGUAAAUGUAACUUAAAAUGAGUUGAACACAUAGCUAGACCAUGUUAUAAUUUGAAAAAAAAUAUGUCUAGUCAAAAUACAUCUGUUGCUCUAUAAGACUUUGAAUUUGGCUGAAAUUAGCACUGGUCUAGGUAGGUGAUUUAUUACUUUCUUGUACUUUCUAUUGGGAUGUUUCAUAUUUGCACCUUUAUUUCAUGUUGUGUUUCCUGUCCAGUGUGGUGAAUGAAUGAUAUGUGACAUAUUUGAACUUUAGAAAAGCAUGACGAUCUUUGAAUACGUAUGUGCAUUUGGUACCCAGAAUUUUUAUGCUGUGAUGCAAGUUUUCAUUUGAUACUAUGAGUGAUUUGAGCAAGUGAAAAGACUAUAAGCAAAGCUGCACUCGUCUGUGAAAGUGAAGUGAAUGUUAAUAUGUGUCCAUUAGCAAAAUUGCAGGUCUGAAACCAGUUAGCUAGCCCUGUACUAAAACACCUAUUUCACUAAACUGAGGGGACUCUAUCACUAAUUGUAAGAAAUCUAUGAGAAAUAUAAUUUAAAACAAUUUUCUUGUUUUCUGUGGAGUAAAUAUUUAUCUACAGAAAAGUGUAACUAGUAGCUUAGUAUACAGCUACAUAUCCCUGGCAAAAUCACACCUUGUCCCAUUUAACUACCCAAGAUAAAACUAAACUGUGCAAUUUCUGAAGUAGCAACAAUACUAGACUUGGUCUGUUGCUUGUUGCAGAAAGUUGGGGGUAAAAACAUUAUAGGGAGAAAACGCAUGAUACUUGCAUCCUAAAAAGUUGUUUGUUUUUUAAUGAAAUAGGUUUCCAAUUUUAAAAUGUGGCACAAUGAAUUUGACAAACUCUAUUCUAAAACUCUUAAUUAUCAGUGUUGUUAAUUUUAUAAAAGAAUUAAGGGCGUUUGUUUUGAAAAUUACAUAUAUAUUAAAGCAUAUUAGUCUACUGUUAAGAUACAGCUGGCUUUUAUUUUGAAAAUCCAACACCCACUUGGCCUUUCUGUUAAUCAUUGUCAGGGUUUGAUGCUGUAGACUAAUUUCCAUCAGUAUGUGUAUGUGAGAAAGAGGAAGACAAGAGCAACUUUACAUUGUGAUUGGAAACUAGAAGUACUUUUGGGUUUCCCAUACAUAAAUCAACCAGUCGGAUCAUGUUUAAUCAGCAUGUCAGCUGUCAAGUUGCUUACACUUGUGUCAGUGACACAGCACUUAAAUGUACCAUUGUGAUUGUAUUCUGUGUAACUGAAAAAAAGAGACGGCUAGUGGUCAGAAUAACAGCUAAUAUUAAUAUUUAUAUGUAAUGUUCUUUUAUGUUAACCAACCCAAAAAGUGACUUUACAGAUCUGUGUUUGGGUUUUGUUUUUUGUUCUUUUACCCCUAGUAUUAAAAAUUUUAUCGUUUCUGGGUUUCUUCAAAAAUUGCAACAAAUUAUGAAAUAAUUUACUCUUAAACUAUUCCUAGAUUGCAAUUGCAAGUAAUUGCCUCACACAGAGGAAGUCACUUUGGUGUGAAAAUGGUGUUUCUGCAACAAACAAUGUAAGGGAGAUAACCAUUGAGGAAAAAGUUUUAAAAAGUAAUCUAAUAAAAAAAAAAAAAAUAGUGCUUUGUAACAGACCAAAGAGCCAAUUAAACCACUUCACAGAUCCACGCAGGUAGACUUGACAGAACCAAUUUAACUGUUUUUAAACUGUUUUUACUAACCCAAGCUAAGUAGCACUAGCUGUAAAUGUAUCUUAGAUUAGCUUAACUUACUGUAGCUCAGAAAUAACAACUAAAGUAACUAAAUUAAAUCCACUAAUAGUUAACUCACACUCUAAUUUAAUCUUUGGUCAUCUGUGUAUUUAAAAAAAAAUGGAAAACAAAUUAAAGAUACCAUUUUUAUAGCUCUAGCCUAUGGGCUUUGUAGCAUUUGGACAAAGGCUGCUUGCCUGUUUUUGCUAAGCUAAGGUAACAUGCUGCUGAUUGUACCUUUAGGACACAAAUGAUAUAUAUAUUUCCUAAAAUGUCAAACAAAAGACAGCAUUCUCUGAGGUUUUUGAAAAAAGUGCAAUUAAAAUGGAGCAUCACAGCAUAAACACAAAAGCAGUAUUGUUAGCAAAUUCUUUCCUGUCUCCGUCCAGCAUUUCCCAACAAGCGCCAGUAUGUGUGGCUGCAGUGCACACUGUUAACACCCUUGUCAUAGAAAGGUUACAUGCUUUAUCUGCAGUGUUUUUAAAUUAGACACCUCCAUGUGAUGACAAAGUGAAACCUAUGAUUAGCUCUUAGUUCUGUAAUACAGUUCCACGCCAUCAUGAUAAUGAUAUCUUCUGCUAGGAAAACAGUGUUUUGUUGUCAUAGUGAGGGUUUAGUACUGCAAAUCAGUACUCAGAGCAGUUCCAGUUGCUUGUGAAAUCUUCACAUUCGUGUGUAAGGGGAAUAGUAAGGUGGGUCAGCUAGCACACUAAAUAAACCAGCUGUGAUCUGAUCAAUCUAAUCAGCAGUUUCGCUAAGAAACUGCACAAGUUAAUCACACUGUGUAUAGGAGUUUUUGUUUUGCUAUCUGCAUCCUCAGUUCAAAUAGGAAGACAUUUUUAUGCAACCCCUGAGGGUAUUAAAAGGAAAUCUUUAAAAUUCCAAGACACUAGUCAAAGAUCAUUGAAACAGAAAUAAUCAUGUGUAAAUACAGUUUGCCUUCCCACACCCCUGUGUUUGGAUUGAGAUGUGUCCAUAAAGUACAGCUUUUCUACACAUUUAAAUAUUCAAUGUUAUGCAAAGCUUUUUUUUUAUUUUUUUUUAAUUGCCGUGUACAUGUGUCUUAUCUGCCUUGACUGAGUACAUUUGAUAUAAAAAGAUGAAGAAAUCCAAACUUCUUGAAGGCGUUGCAUUUUGCUUCACUCUGGCUUGCUCCUUGUCCGCUCAUUGAAGUUAUGACAUGUUCCUGCCUCAGCAUGGUAAAAUAAAGGACUUCUGUUGGACUAGAACCAGUUUUAUCUGCCACCUGGAAUAAACUGUGAAAGAUAAAUAAGAGGGGGAAAAAAAACAAUGAAUCCAACUUAUCAAUAAACAAGGUGAAUAAAGGAAUCCAAUAAA